AUGCUAGCUGAUCGGGUAACCUUGGGUCUUAUCGUUUCCGAACAUCUGCUUCCGCAGAGCAUAGCCUGGUCGCUAUGCGGAGGAGCAGUUGGUAUGGCUCUCGACAAACUGCAAGAGGACUUUCACUUUGCGGAUUUUGAUCUCAGGCUCAUGAUUGGAUAUAGUGAAUGUGAUCUCACUAAAACACUCGGUCUUGGAAUUGAAUAUAUGCUCCGCCAGAAGGCCGACGUUGUUAUUGGGCCUCCAUGUCCUGAAGCAGCUAUCAUGAUGGCACAUCUCUCAAACAUCUACCAAACGGCAUGGAUGGGUUGGGGUUAUGUCUUCAGUCCUGAAUUUACCCUCUCCAAUAAAUACCCAUAUGGAACGACGCUGGUGCCGUCAUCGAACUCGUGA